AUGGAUACAAGUGAGGACCAGUCAAUCGAAUCACAGAAGCGGAAGCGUAUAACCAAGGCAUGUGAUGUCUGUUACAACAAGAAGAUUAAAUGCGAUGGAGCUACCCCACAGUGCGAAUGGUGUGCUCAUCGUGGCUUGCAGUGUUCGUACGAAAGGAAGAUCGUGAGGAAAAGGCGCUCCAAUAAACAGCAUCGCAGCCAGCUACUAGAUCGCGUCGAUCGAUUGGAACGACUUCUGGCCAAAACACUACAAGAAAAGACAGGUGCAUCUCUACCCCGUGAACCCUCAUCAGGUCCUUCAGAGUCAGCAACAGAUACUUCACUCACCAGAGAGAAUGACUUCAAUAAUGAAGCACGCGAUAUUUCAACGCCGUCAUCCAUUGAGCAGCCAGCCCUGGGCUCUCUCCACUUUGCAGGCUGGCGACUAGGAUCUUUCAAUUCGAGCAGCGGCAUUCCCGUGUUUUCGGAACUGGGUGAACAAUGGAUCCGGUCCCGUACGGGCCAAGAUGCGUCACUUGAGCGAAUUACAGCACUUCGCCAGUCCUGGCACAAUAUCGCACAUUCAGACUGGGGUUCAUCGGUUGAUGUAGCAAACGUGCAUUUGCCGAUUGACAUGCCAGAUCGGCAAGUAGUUGAGAAGUGUUUAACCCUAUUCCGCGAGUCAUUCCUCUGCCGCGUCUUCCCCGUUGUUGACCCUGUUCGACUUCAGACUGCAAUUUCUGCGGUAUACUCAUCAACAUCAAGCGACCCAGUCGGCGACAUUUCUAAUGCACAGGCUUGUAUAUUUGGUUUUCUUGCAUUCGUGUCUUUCUUUAACGUCUGCAAAUCGGUAAAGAUAGCAUCCAAUGCGGAGAAAUAUUCGUGGACGGCGCAUCGGAUACUGACGACGUACAUGCGACCUGUGACAGUGGAAACAUUGCAAACGUCGUGUAUGCUGAUGAUGUACCAUCUCUUUUCUGGCGACCUUGCCAAUGCUCUUAUUCAAGAUUCGGUCGCUACUCGAAUCAUAUACAUGCUUGGUGCACAUACCACGACCUAUCCUUCGUGUGAAGAUGUGAACAUCGUAUCUGCGAAUUCUUCAUAUCGCUAUCGAUAUCUAUUGCGGAACAUUUUCUGGUUGGUUUACAUUAUGGACAAAGAAUUAUCACUCCGAACUGGACAGCCGCCGUGUUUGCAAGACGAGCAUUGUGAUACCACCCCUCCACCACCCUACACUCGGCGGAUCUUUUCGCAAAUGAUGGACUUUGGGGCCGAAACGGACUUGGAUACCGUACACCCCUUCCCAGGUUCCCCAUGGUUGAGCAUCAUCAAGUCAAAGGCCUACAGCGCUCUGUACUCAGCUCGCGCGUUGAGGAAAACGGAUGCGGAGAUUUUGAGAGACAUUCGUGAGUUAGACGAUGAUCUCGAAUGCUGGAGGCUAUCUGUUCCCCUUCCAUAUAGGCCCACUGUUGCAUUUACGCGUGCGACGUUACCAGAGGACGUGUUAGCUAUGCCUUCGACGAUGCUGCAUCUAGACUAUAAUCAUUGCGUUGCUGCAAUUCAUCAGGCAACAAGUAGAUGCCAGGCUUGGACUUCUGGAAACCAGGAUGAGAUGGAGGGCGUAGGGAGCAGUCUAGAGUUGAGCAUCGAGGCUAGUCGGUCUUCGUUGGUCUAUCUCCAAAUGGCAAGCCAUCUCCUCGAUGAGAACAGCUUCUGGAUGAUCCUCUACUACCCGAUGUCGGCCCUGCUCACUCUCUUCUACGGCAUUCUCCACCGACCUCUCGCGCCGCAAUCGCACAAAGAUCUUGAGCUGUUAAAGAACGUUCCACUCAUGAUUCGAAGAAUUCCAAGAAGUCGCUGGAUGGAAAAGGCAGCUCGCCAGAUCCAAGCUGUAGAUGAGCUAGUCGAAGAACUAACUACCCUCGGACAGUGCGCAAUUGACAAGGCAACACGGGAAAAGGGAAGUGAGACAACAGAAGGUAUCUUGCUCAGGGAUUAA